UCUAGAAACACUCCAAGUCCGGAACUUUCCACGUUCGCCUAUAUAAAUACCCGUCCUCGGCGCCUCCACGCCAGAAUCGAAUCAAAAGUGCAAGUGAAAAAUAAGCGAUCAAAGCGACUUCAAAACCAAUCUAAUCACAAUGGCUUUGUGGUUGUACACCGACCCCUUCGACUACUACCGACCAUCCCGUUUCCUGGAGCGUUGGUUCGACCCGGAGGACUGCUUCUUUCCCCAGGAGUUCCGCCAUCUACUCCGACACCCACAAGAGCAUGAAUCUAGUGUCAACUUCGACAAGGAUAAGUUCCAGGCCAACAUCGAUGUCCAGCAAUUCCGACCCGAGGAGAUCACGGUGAAGGUGUCGGAUGACACCGUCACCGUCGAGGGCAAACACGAGGAGAAAAGGGACGAACAUGGGUACAUCUCGAGACAUUUUGUUCGGAAAUAUGUGUUGCCGAAAGGGCAUGAUGUGAAUCGAGUGGAGUCGAAGUUGUCUUCUGAUGGGGUGUUAACCAUCACAGCCCCCAAGGUCGGGGAUGGGAAGGACCACGAGAAGAGUAUUCCCGUAGUGCAGACGGGGCAGCCCACACCAGCGGUUCAGCAAAAACAAGAAGAAAAGAAAUAAUUUCUCGAGUUUAAAAUUAAUCUUUCAUUAUUAUUAAUUAAUCAAUUUUCUAAGUCAUGUAUGUAAUGAAAUAGACUGAUUUUUGUGAUAUUGUUAAGAUAAUAGUGUACAUUUAAGUUUUGUUACCCACUUAAAAUAAAUAAAUAAAUUUUACUCUGGUUA